AUUUAUAUUUUAGAGAGAGAAAGUAAGUAUAUUGUAUAUAUAGAGAGAGAGAGAGAAACAGAGUAUACGCUAAAUUAAAGGAGGAAAGAAUUGCUUCGUAUUUAAACCACCGAAGCUUACAGCUUUUAUAUAAGUGAUAAAGUCAAACCAACCCCAAGGGGAAGAGAGAGAGAAGAAGAAGAAGAAGAAGAGGGUGAUGGCGGAUUCAAGCGAUUCCGUAUCUGUUGAUAUGGAAACGAUAUAUCUUGGUGGAAAGGAACAUAUUAUUCAAACGGGUCGUGGGUCCUUGUCUAUUAUCGUGUAUGGAGACCAAGAAAAACCACCGUUGAUUACAUAUCCUGAUGUAGCUUUAAACCAUAUGCUUUGCUUUCAAGGACUAUUCUUCUGUCCCGAAGCAGCUUCAUUGCUCCUUCAUAAUUUCUGCAUUUAUCACAUCAGUCCACCUGGACACGAGUUGGGAGCAGCAGCCAUAUGUCCCGAUGAUCCUAUUCUGUCUGUAGAAGAUCUUUGUGAUCAGAUUCUCGAGGUCCUCAACUAUUUUAGGCUUGGUGCAGUGAUGUGCAUGGGGGCAAUGGCGGGUGCCUACAUUCUUACGCUCUUUGCGACAAAGUAUAGAGACAGGGUUACUGGUUUAAUACUUGUUUCUCCUCUUUGCAAAGCACCUUCAUGGACCGAAUGGUUUUACAAUAAGUUGAUGUCGAAUCUACUCUAUUACUAUGGUAUGUGUGGGUUAUUGAAAGAGUGUUUGCUUCAAAGAUACUUCAGCAAGGAAGUCCGAGGUAAUCCAGAAAUCCCGGAAUCAGAUAUAGUUCAAUCAUGCAGAAAGUUAUUGGAUGAAAGACAGAGCGUUAAUGUGUGGAGGUAUCUUCAAGCAAUUGAUAAGCGACCCGAUAUUACCGAGGGAUUAAAAAAGCUAAAAUGCCGAACGCUUAUAUUUGUCGGUGACAGCUCACCGUUUCAUUCCGAAGCCCUCCACAUGAUGGGGAAAUUGGACAGACGAUAUAGCGCCUUAGUCGAGGUACAGGCGUGUGGAUCAAUGGUAACCGAAGAGCAACCGCAUGCAAUGCUGAUACCUAUGGAGUAUUUUCUAAUGGGGUACGGGCUUUAUAGGCCGAGCCCGUUCACUGGCAGCCCGAGAAGCCCGUUAAGCCCAUCAUGCAUCUCCCCGGAGCUGCUAUCUCCCGAAAGCAUGGGAUUAAAGCUAAAACCGAUAAAAACCCGAGUGUCGUCUCCUGAUUCGAACAAUAUAGAGAGGCUGUCAAUGAUCUGUCUUUUUGUUUGAGACUUUGAGUGGAAUAUAUGGCAAAUCUACAUGAUUGGUUGUAUAGCUUUUUUUGUAUAUAAGUAUUCAAUCUGACUGUACCCACCAAACGUUGUUAUAAUUAUGUUUUAUUUGUGUGAUUGUUUAUUAAAACUGUUUA